AUGCUCCCCUAUGGCAGAGCUCAAAAACCAACGUCACCAGCUGCUGCAGGAGAGCAGCAAGACGUGGACUCACCAGCUUCCUUGUCUGCAUCAACAGACCCUUCGCACACCCACUUUUUGCCCUCUGCAGCUGCGGCAGCUGCCCGGGCUGAUGAUGGAAUGGCGGGAUCCAGUCUGAGGGCUGAAGCAGAAACACUGUCUCUACUACCAGAGGCUCAAUUCUGGGGUCUCCUUCAACAACAAGUGAACGAGUUAAAUAAAUUUGCGACAGAGAAGGAACGACAAAUUCAGUCGGACAUAAGGCUCAUCGCUGCGCGCAUGGAACAGCACGAAAAACUGCAAGGAGACGAAGAAUUACUUAUUGAAGAACAGUCAGCGGAAAUAAUUCAUCUUGACUUGUACAUCAGGACGAACCACAAAGCAUUGCUUGCCCUCUGUUCCCAUUUCGACCGUCUUCUCACAGGCGCGAAGACUGCACGAUGGUUUUCUACAUCUCUUUUGAAGGAGGCAUACUGCAAUGUCGACCUUGAACGACUCGUUCUGAUGUUGUCUCUUCUUUGGGGGAAGUUUCGUUCUAGACUUGAGGGGAAACAGCUAGAGUCCGCGGCGUGGAAGCCGCCUGACUCAUUUGUCCGGGCCACAACAAAGUAUUGGAUCAGACCGGAAAACAUUGUGCGGGCUCAGUGCCUGAUUGUACGUCAUUUGCCAUUUCUGGUAUUUGGGACAUCGGAUAAGGAACUGGAGGCUUCACUUUUAGGUCCAAGGAGUGCCUUGGAAAAGCUCCAGCAGCGUGCUUCUAAUCUUGCACCAACACAGAUGGUAGCAUCAGUAUAUUUUGACAGUGCAAAUGCGUACAGCUACGAGCGCCGCAUAAGACGCUUCGAAGGCGCGCAGCUGCUGCGGUUUCGUUGGUACGGCACCAACAACAACGGCCCAGAUGAAGACAUAUUCAUUGAGCGGAAAACACAUCAUGAAUCUUGGAGUGGCCUGAGCAGCACGAAAGAACGCUUCGUCGUGCCGCAGAGACUGGUCGCGCCUUAUAUGCUCCUGCAAAGAAAAGCGCGAGACUUAUUGCUGGAGGCCUCUGGAUUUGAGCCACCAGAAACUGAUGGCGGCCAGAGCCCUGGAGAUCCUACUGUCUCAAGUGCAGCAAAGUCAUCAAAGCCUGAUUCAGUCGACAGUGUGACUAUUGACACUGCGGGGAUUGCCGCGUCGGAGUAUAUCGCGAAAAAUGGCAAACUGAAAAAGGCAAUCGAGCUAGGAGAGGAAAUACAAGAAGAAAUUGCAGAGCAUCAGCUUCAACCAAUGCUUCGGACGAGCUAUCUUCGGGCUGCCUUUCAGUUGGCGACAUCGAAUGCUGUGCGCAUUUCCUUGGACACGAAUUUGUGCAUGGUCAACGAGUACAGACCUCAAAGACAGGAAUAUGGAGGUUUCAACUGGUGUCGACUUGCUGACGAGCUGCUCGGAAAGGAUGAAGUUGUGCGCUUUCCUUAUGCAAUACUUGAAGUUAAGGUUCAGCAGCAGCCCCCGCCUGCUUGGGUACAAUCGAUGCUUUUAUUAGCGGAUGCAACGCUGGUGUACAAAUUUUCGAAGUUUCAGCACGGAAUGGCCUUCCUGCAUCGCGACAAGAUCAGCAGCGGGCUGCUGCCUCACUGGUUGCAAACGCCGCUGUCUGCUCAGCAGCAGAAUCAAGAUGAGCAAAGCUCAGCCAACAAGAAACGCAGCGGCCUUGGAGUGCCAGCGCUAGGUGGCUCACUGUUCGAGUCUCUGCGGAAUAGUCCUGAUAGUCUCCUGACCCCUUUAGCUCGCAGCUUAGCAGACCAGCAUGCGCCAAGGCUUUCACCGUCUGACGCCCUGGGUGUAAAGAGACGAAGCUUGUUUCCCGUUGGCGAGGGCAAGCCAGUGGUUGCAACGGAACCAGACUGGGAGGAUGUAACGGCGACAGCAGCGCAUCGUACUUUCUGCUGGUUACAGACAGAGCAGCAGUUGCAGCUUCAGCAGGCUCCUCGUCCCAUUUGCCAGGACUCGUCUGCUGAGGGGGAAUUUGAGGAAGAGAGGACUUGUGGAGUUAUUCUAAGUAGUGCAGACUCCAUGCAACAACGACUGAUGCGCCGCCACAUUCGCACUGUGAGGAAAGUUGACCCAAAAACGUCUUUCGCUGGAGAACGCACCUUCCUCCACUACAUUCAAAAAGGUCUCUAUCUGGCUGGAGCGAGCCUUGCGAGAGUUGCGAAGGCGGGAGUAGCGAACGUUGUGCAGCGUAUAGACUCACGGCUAGGACCAGUACUGGCAUUUAUUGCUGCUGGCGUGGCAACAGUGCUCGUACUAGUUUUCCAGAUUGACGUCAACUUGCGGAGCGUUUUGCAUCACCAAAGGGCAGACAAUCUCUCUCAUUACAGAGAGAACGUGCAGCCUGCAAGCCAGUGA